UGUAUAAUUUUAAGUUAGUUGUAACUGCCUGAGAGAGAAAUGUGCUUAUAAAAUUGUUUUUUCAAAAUCUUAUCGAAAUAUUUACGAGUUUGCUCUGAUCAAAACUGUCAAAAAUGGAGAUAAUUAAAUACGUUUUGUUUUGUGUCGUUGUAAGUUUGUGUUCAUGUGAUGCUUAUAAGAUCUUGGUCGUGUUUUCCAUGCCGAGCCCCAGCCAUGGCAUCCUUGCAGACAAUGUGGUGAAACAUCUCCUUAAAGCUGGACACGAAAUAACAUAUGUAACACCUUACAUAGAGAAACAGAAGAAUCAGACAAAUGUACAUUUGGUGGACGUUAGUCCUGUCCAAAAAAUAUUAGAAGACGCUGGUGAAAUGCUGAACUUUAAACAGAUUCUAGACGGAGCAGAUGAUAUAGUUUAUAACAAAAAUGUAUUGUUUGAGCUUGUGGCGACAGUAAGUAACAAGACACUGGGCAACCCAAAUGUUCAAAAACUAAUGAGGGACCCAAAGCAGAAGUUUGACGUCAUGAUUCUCGAAUACAUGUUUAACGAUUUGUUUUCCACGUUCUCAGCAGUAUUCCAAUGUCCUUACAUCUGGUUCUCCACUAUAGAACCACAUUGGGAAGUUAUAAACAUGAUAAGUGGUCCUAUGAACCCAGCCUACAACAGCGACUACCUUCAAGCUCGAAUACCGCCAUUCACAUUUUUGGGAAGAGUUCAGGAGCUGUGGACGCAAAUUAAAGGAUUAUAUUAUCAUGAAUUUGACUUCUAUUAUGUAGAAGAAGCCAUAUACCAACAGCAAGUAGUCCCUAUCUUAAAGGAGCAAGGUAAACCAGUACCUGAUUAUAAUGAGCUAAAAUAUAACGCGUCGCUAAUGUUGGGUAGCUCGCAAGUCGCGAUGGGUAAUGCAGUGCCACUACCACCAAGCUACAAGCACAUUGGAGGUUUCCAUAUUGAUGAGGAGGUGAAGCCAUUACCAGAGGAUCUGAAGAAAAUUAUGGACAAUGCCAAGAACGGUGUGAUUUACUUCAGCAUGGGUUCCAAUUUGAAGAGCAAGGACUUACCAGAUGAACUGAAGAAAGGUCUGUUGGAAGUAUUCGGGGGACUGAAGCAGACUGUGUUAUGGAAGUUUGAGGAGAAUCUACCGAACCGGCCUAAGAAUGUCCACAUUGUGCAGUGGGCACCACAGCAGAGCAUAUUGGCCCAUCCCAAUUUGAAGUUGUUCAUCACUCACGGUGGUUUCCUGUCAUUUACCGAGACGAUCCACUUCGGCGUCCCAGUCAUAGCCAUCCCAGUGUUUGCAGACCAGUACCUCAAUGCAAACCUAGCUCGAAAGCACGGCAUUGGAGAAAGGGUUAACCUAUCAUACAACUUACAUAAAGACUUGAAGGUUACUCUGGACAAAGUUCUUGGUGAUCUGCCUAAAUACACGUCCAGAGCAAAGGUGGUAUCUGCAGCAUACCACGACACUCCGAUGAAGAAGGGAGAAGAAUUGAACUUCUGGGUGGAGCACGUGGUGCGCACGCGCGGCGCCCCACACCUGCGCUCAGUGGCGCUACAAGUGCCGCUGUACCAAAAACUGUUCCUGGAUUUAUUUGUUCUACUUCUGGUUGCGGCUGUAGUUUUACUACUGGUGGUUAGGACAAUUAUAAGUUUAUUGACGUCGAAGAGCCCAAAACUUAAGAAGAAUUAAAUAGUUUAGAUUUUAGAAGAAGUCAUAAUUUUUGUAGAUUAAGUAUUAUUUGUUACAAAUUAUUUUUAAUAAACCUAAAUCGCCAUACA